AUGCAGUGGGCCACAGCCGCCAUGUCGCAUGCCAGCAUAUCGUUGACUACCAACGAGGCUCUGUCGGGUGUCUUCGGCUCCAUCUCGUUGGCAUCGUGGAUCUUCCUGCUGGUUCCCCAACUGAUCGAGAACUACAAACAGGGCUCCGCGGAUGGCAUCUCCCUCGCCUUCCUCACUGUCUGGUUCAUUGGCGACAUCACCAACCUCGCCGGCGCACUCUGGGCCGGACUCGUACCUACCGUCAUCGCCCUCGCAAUCUACUUCUGCUUCGCGGACCUGAUCCUCAUCUCGCAGUGCGUCUACUACAACCUGAAGAACUCGCGCCGUACGCGCAAGUCUUCUACACGCAGCACAGACAGCGUCGAAGCGCCUCUACUCGGUCGUCGGGACUCGAGCAACAUCGGUCUUCCGGGCAGCCACCGCCGCGAUUCGCAAGCAAGUCGCCGCCGUCGCGCAAGCUCAUUGCCCACAAUCGCGGAUGUCGAGGCUGGAGGUAGCGAGUGGAUCAAGAAUGCUCUGAGCAUCGUCGGUGUCUGCAUCGUUGGCGCUGCAGGAUGGGCGAUUGCGUGGAAGACUGGCGUCUGGGCACCGCAACCUACCAACGCGGAUGAGGGAGCAGAUAUCGCUCUGGGCGCGCAGAUUCUAGGUUACGCCAGUGCUGUGUGCUAUCUUGGCGCGCGCAUUCCCCAGAUCAUCAAGAACCAGCGCGAAAAGUCCUGUGAAGGCCUUUCACUCCUUUUCUUCAUGCUGAGCUUGCUGGGAAAUGCGACAUAUGGUGCAGGAAUCCUCUUCCACUCGCAAGAGAAAGAGUACCUCCUAACCAACUUGCCCUGGUUGAUCGGCUCUCUCGGUACCAUGGUCGAAGACGCCAUCAUCUUCAUCCAAUUCCGCGCUUUCGGUGACGCCGAGACGACAUCUGCUCUAGAGGCAUAG